CCGCGCUGCCCCGCGAGCGUUCAGUGUCCGCUCUGCGCAGUCGCGGCCCCUCGUGAGCCUGGCAGGACCUUCUGCAUAUCCCAUCAACCCCUGCGCCCAGCCCCGCCUCCCUCUCUCGGCGGGGCCUGCCGCGGAAGGUGCCAUCGCGCUCCCGGCACCAUGCCUGCCCUCAGGCCUCUCGUGAAACCUAAGAUCGUCAAGAAGAGGACCAAGAAGUUCAUCCGGCAUCAGUCUGAUCGCUAUGUCAAGAUCAAGCGGAACUGGCGCAAACCGAGGGGCAUUGAUAACAGAGUUCGCCGGCGCUUCAAGGGCCAGAUCCUGAUGCCAAACAUUGGUUAUGGCAGCAACAAGAAGACCAAGCACAUGCUGCCCACAGGCUUCAGGAAGUUCCUGGUCCACAACGUCAAGGAGCUGGAGGUGCUCAUGAUGAGCAACAAGUCAUACUGCGCAGAGAUUGCUCACAACGUGUCUUCCAAGAACCGGAAGAUAAUCGUGGAGAGGGCGGCCCAGCUUGCCAUCAAGAUCACCAACCCCAAUGCCAGGCUGCGCAGUGAGGAGAACGAGUAGAGCAGCCUCUGCCUCCGAGAUGUAUUUAAUAAAGUGUAAACCAGA